UUGAAACUCUCCCCUGCCUUCCUUGACCCUCCUGGCCCCUUAUUUCUCCCUUAUUCCUGGUGGGAGGAGAGACUUUGGUCUGCUUCUCCCUCUGAAAUUUCUGGAAUCCUGGCAGGAGCACUGAAUCCCCACCAUCACCCUCUAACCAGACUCAGGUGGCCCCCACCUCCUCUCAUGUGUUCUGUCAUUACACCUUGGAGGAUGCUGGGCCCUGGAGUGGACUGGCCCACACCCCAAUCCUAGCUCAGCCUCCUUCACUCUGCUCAGAAGACUGGCUAGCUCUGGUCCUGACCCCUGGAGGUCAUCAUGAUGAUUGGUGAGAGCAGGUGGUGUGAAGAGCUGCAGAGGAGGCCUGGGCAGGCCCAUGCCCGCGCUGUCAGUGUUAGAGCACCAAUCAGGGUACCAGCUGCCCAGGGCAGCUGUGAGUGCUCUGGUCAGUGGGUCUGCUGUGGUGGGGCCACAGACAAUCAUUUUCCUAGGCCCCAGGGAUACUCAGCCUGGACCUCUGGUCCUCACUACAAGCUUGGGGGUCUGCUGGGUAUGAAGACACCUCGAAUCUAACUGCAGUGCCACAGAAUGGUCACUGGGUCCUAGAACUGAGUUGCCGUGCUCUGAGGUGAGGUGAGGGGAAAGCCAGUCCUUCCCCCUUUAGCCCUUGAAAACUCUGUUUCUUGACAAAGUGACAGGAAUAAAGCUUCCACCAUAAGCAAAGAGCUGGCACUGGUAUAUUGCUGAUCAAGGUCGAGAGCCCCUUGGCCAGAGCUCAAACAACCCUCUGCCUAGCCCAGCACAGCCUCUCUGGCUUCUCAGGACCCCAGGGAAGAGCCAGUCCCCACCAUCAUAAAAUAACAGGAUGUUAAAGCACCUGGAAGGGACCAGAGAGACACCUUGCUCACCUGUCAUUUUAGUGAUGAAGAUAUACAGUUUGCCUGUGAGGAUCUCUAAUCCCCUACUCACUGCAAGUGUUUUCAUAUAAAAAUGAGGUGCCUGAACUCAUAUCUUGAUAAAUGGUAAAAUUUCUCUCCCAUCCCCCCUCUGAUCUUGAGCUUCCUUCCCAUCUCCAUUGGAAAUGACAUGUGAACUGCUUGUUCCAAACCCAGAGGAGCAAAGGUAAUUUUUGUCAGCAGAGCUGUGUCAAAAUUACUCUGAUCAAAAAGUGACAGUGCUCCACAUCUGGGCGGGCAGUUACAGUGAAUGGAAGCAGUGCUAUACCUGGUGACCUGGCUUGGGCAGACUGAACUCCAGGGAUGUCCCAGAGGGUCUAACCUUACCCCUUCACCCCAAGUGGUCUGAUGCCCCUAUGUAUCAGCUUUGCCCCAAAAUGAGCUUGAGCCGACCUAAAGUUGCUGAGUCAGUAUUAGUGUCAAUCUCCAGAGACAGUGCAGCCUGGCCUGACCCUACCAUGUCACAUGGAGGAGAGUGAGUGGAGAUGGAUGGGUGGCAGGAGGGGAUGCUAUUCUCCAAAAUCUUAAAGUCCCCUCUAGGUUUAUCUCAGUUUACCGCCAGAGGGCACAGUGAGGAAAUGACUACCCUAGACUCUUCUGGCGCGAGGGAGAGUAAGGUGCUUCUGGAUUGGUCCUGACAGCCACAUGGCCCUCGCAUAAUUGGCUGGAUGGGCAGUGAAGUCUGCUGCUAAUCUGGCUUCAUUUAGGGACACCCCCGCAAAUACUGGCAUCCUUAACCUAUGGUGUCCCCGGGAAGGGCACACUGUCCCAUUGUCCAGAGACUGACCCGAGUAUAAAGUUGCUCCCGCAGGAAGCUGAAUCUCCUGUCGGCUGAGGCCUCAUGUGAUCCUCCCGGGAGUGGGAUGGAUAUCCUCUGUCCUGAGAGGGGUGGGGCCGUGUCCAGCUGUCCCCGCACUGACGCGAGGUGCACCCCAGAGCCGCUCAGGUUUCCCCCGUGCCCCGCCUGUCCCAGUGGCUGAGCCAGCAUCCCAGGCAUCCUCGGGCUAAAUAAGGAGCCUGCUUGGGUCAGGGGGCGGGCGCUGGGGUCCCCGGGGGGCUUGGGGCAACCACGCCAAACAAGGCAAGAAGGGGAGCCAUGUAUAAAACCAGAGCCCAGGGCUGAACACCUGCCCGCGUUCCUAGUGCACCUUCCGGAAGGGCUCCGUGCAGCCUGCUAUCCAGGUAGUUGACUUAGGUCCCGAAGUCGACCGCCCCUGCCCCACGGUGAGUCCCGACCAACCCUAGACACUCCCACACCAGGUAUGUCCUUAAUCCGAAGGGAAAAGCCUGAAAGUCUCAAUCUCUAGGUCAGCCUAGACCCCCCUCCCCGCCCCGUGUUUGUUUUCCGCUCCCCAGAUGUCCAAAGCAGCUCCCGCCAAAAAACCUGCGGCUGCGGCCCCGCCUCCCGGAUGUACCCUGGAUAUUAACGACCCCCAGGUCCAGAAAGCGGCCAUUCGUAUCCAGGCCUCUUACAGGGGCCACAGGUCCCGGAAGGAGCUGCGGGAGAAGGGGCCGCCGCGAGUGCUGGAGCCGCUGAAGGACGUGGUGUUGAUCGAGGGCAGCGCGGCUAAGCUGACUUGCCGCAUUUCGGCUUUCCCGGACCCAUUCAUCCGCUGGAGCAAGGAUGGCAAGGAGCUGCGCGACGGGCCCAAGUAUCGCUACGUCUUUGAGGACCCUGACGUGGUCGCAUUAGUGGUGCGCGAUGGAGAGCUGGCGGACUUGGGCCAGUACAGCAUCAACGUAACCAAUCCCUUUGGCCAGUGCUCCGACUCGGCGCGCAUCCUCGUGGAAGUCCCGGCGAAAAUUCAAAAGGGACCAGAUAACACUAAGGCGCGCAAAGGCACCACGGUGACGCUGACUGCAGAGAUCUUGGGCGAGCCAGCGCCCGACGUGGGCUGGACCAAGGACGGGGAGGACAUCGAGGAGGACGACAGGGUGUUCUUCGAGAUCGGCAGUACCACCACGACGCUGACCAUCCGCCGGGCCACACCCCAGGACAGCGGCAAGUACGAGGUGUACGUGGAGAACAGCCUGGGCAUGGACCAGAGCUUUGCUCGCGUGGACGUGGCCUGAAAGGGACCCUCAGACCUUUCGCCCUGGCUCCAAGCCGGGGGGUGGGUGGCACCAACAACCCCUCUCCAUCUUGCUUAAUAAAGCUGCUCUCUCUGACCUUCCGCAUCUAUUCUCGUCUUUUGAGUUGCCAUUUCCUCUCCCUAGCACACACAACCACACUUAUUUCAGACCUACACACAGAGGUCACAGAAUGUUGGGAUCAGAGGGAAGUUUGGAGAGUGCCUAGUUCAGUGCCUUACUUUACAGACAGUAAGUCCAGGAUAAGC